GAUUUCAUCUUCUUCUCCUUCUCUCCAGUUUCAAAACUUCAUUCUGCUUCUGCUACUACUCCAUUAUUCACUUCCAGUUAAAUGAGUUCAUCUUCAAUGUUAUCUCUAAACAAUACUUCAACUCUAACUUCAAAUUUCUCUACAAAUUUACAUUCAUUCAAACGAAAUGCCCAAACCCCAAUUCUCAUUUCAAAUGGGGGGUUUCUCAAAACCCAGAGUAGUAGUAAAUUUCUAUUGAACUCACAUAUUAUAAUAUCUUCUUCUUCUUCUAGGUUAAUUGCAUGUUGUGCUAAAAAUCAAAGUGUUUAUGAAGAAGAGGAGAUUCAAAAAGAAGAUGGGGUUAUUGAAAGUGAGCAGCUUAAUGUUGAAAUCGGAAACCCUCCUCCAGUGGUUCUUCCUGUUUCUAAAUUGAACUCGACUAAUCAAGUAUUCUUUCUAUUGGCUUUCAUUGCUGCCACGACUUCCAUAGCAUUUACCAGCCUUGUUGUAGCAGCUGUGCCGGCAUUAUAUGAAAUGGGAAGAGCUGCAAUAUCUCUUUCAAAGCUGGCUGAUACAGCUCGGGAAGAACUCCCUAGUACGAUGGCCGCAAUCAGGCUUUCAGGCAUGGAGAUUAGUGAUCUUACUUUGGAACUGAGUGACUUGAGCCAAGAGAUAUCAGAUGGAGUUAACAAGUCGGCUCAAGCUGUUCAAGCAGCAGAAGCUGGUAUACGUCAAGUUGGAACUAUUGCCAAACAGCAAGCCGUAUCAAUGAUACAGGAGAGAGCCAACUUACCCGUUAUCUCCAUACAACCAGUGGUUGUAGGGGCCGCAAAGAAGACAUCUCGUGCUGUUGGCAAUGCCACAAAGACGUUAUUGAAUAUGAUAACACGAGGUGAGUCUACCUCUGACGAUGAAGAUCAUGGAAAUGAUAGAAUUGAUCUCUUCUGAUCAUCGUUUGUGGGUUCCGAAAAAGUUUGCAACAUCUUUUCAUAUCUUAACCCUGUAAAUAUUUCAAAAGUUUUGCUCAGUAAUCCUAAUAGAUUUUUUAUUUUAUUUUUCUGUUCGA